UCGGUCCUCAGAAUCUCCCAGUCACCUCUUCGAGUCUGCGCGGGGACCAGCGCGUGGAUUUGUCCCGAUCUCCGCGGCGAUCGUGCGCGAAAAGGAUCGAUAUUUUGUCCAGCUCGUCCCAGCACGGGUUUACGGUGAUCAACGGGUGCCGGUACGGAUCGACGAUCCACGAUGACGACGUUGACACCGGCCAAGGAUGCCGACGAUUGACCACUCCGUGACGAAGGAUACAUUUUUCUAAGAGGAGCCCAAAAAUGGCAAUGACGAAUCAACUUACAACCACUUCAAGGAUUCUGAAUAUGCUGCCCUGAAAGGUGCACAGAGCCCGACACGGUGACGAAAAAAUGGCGCUGACCGUCGUACCCUCUGCCCGCGUUUUCAACGGAAACGUGGGGACGCAGGCUUACGUUUCCGGUUCGACGCGUUCGAAAUGCCUCUGCUGCCCUUACGGAUACCACAUCGACCUGGAUUUCGUGCGUUAUUGCGAGGCGGUGGCGGCAGGAAGCGCGGGCGACAGGUCUAGCAUCGAGAGACGGAAGAAAAGGGAACGUCGAAGGCAAUGCCAGUCCAUGGAGGUUCUGCUGGGCCUGGUGAGCCCGGCCCUCGCGGGAAUAGAGGCCGAACUGCCGAAAAUACCCCAAGAACCAGCCACCACGAACGGUCUGACCACUCUGCCGAGGUCGAGCCACGGCAGACAAGGGUACACGACAGAGUCGCCAGUCCUCGACCUCAGCGACGUCGUGGGCGACUUCGAGGCUGCCCUCAGACGAUCCACCAGGUCCACCAAGAGUCCAGACAAACAGGAACGCAACGAAAACGAUGGAACAAACACGACGACACCGACGCAGAACACCGUGCAGGCGGAGCACCAGGGCGAUUUCGACAACGCGAGCGUCGGCAGCGGGAACUCGAACCUCAGCACGGGCGCGCUACAGAACAUCAGGGAGCAAAUGGCGGCGUCGUUGGAACGAAUGAGGGAGCUGGAGGAACAGGUCAAGGCGAUUCCCAUGUUGCAGGUGCAGGUGUCGGUGCUGAAAGAGGAGAAACGGAGCCUCCUGCGACAAGUGGACGAGCUGAGCAAAACGAAUUCCCGCGACGAUACGUUGCACAGGUACAGGAGCCAGUCGUUCUCCGAACAGAGGGCGUCGAUGCGUAAUCUGAAGAACGCUACGACGCCGACGCCGACCAGGGACAUGGGAACGAUGUGUGGCGUCAUGACUAGGGACGUCGGCGUCUCCCACCAGCAGGUCCGAACACGAGAUAUCGGCAUGAUAACGAGCACCCCGAUAAAACGAUCCCUGCAGUGGAGUCGAUUGCAGAUCGAAGAAAUCGUACCUGAAAUAAGAGACCGGAGCACGUCGUCGGACGAAAGGACGUCGUCGUCGAGCCUCGACAAGUUCUACUCGAACGAUUCUCGAGACGGUUGGAAGUCGAGCUUAACGCGCGGCCGAACGACGUGCGAGGAGAUCACGCCGGAAGAGACGAUGUGGGGUGUUCGGUUGAGAAAGAGCCCACUUCAGGUGGAAUCGAUACCGCCGAGCAGUCCGAAAUUCGUACGAGAUUCGAGAAACUAUCGAGACGUCGGCACGAGCCCGAGGAACAAAUUGGAGGACCUCGUGUGGAGUCGAUUCGUGAUCGAGGACAUCGCGCCGGAAGCGAAGAAGGAGGUCAGGAAACGAUCGUACGGUACGGAUACCAAUAUCGGCAUGAAGGACGUACUGACGAAGGAGGACGUCGCGAUCAUCGUCGACGACGCAUUGAGGAUGUACAAGAGCACUCUGAUCAAGGACACGGCGUCCAGGGGUUGCCAGUGCACCCCGGAACCGGCGAGGAUCGUCGAGAUGAAGAACCAGUACGCCCAGGCAGCGGAACCGUUCAAAAUGAGGUCGAACGUGGGCGUGACGGCCAAGCCAAGGGUGUGCGAAAUUGGAAUCGAGGUCAGAGCUGGCCCUGGUACGAGGACCAUCGCGGUUGGUCCCGAUCCGUUGGCUACCACCCAACCCUUGUCCCUCCACUCGAUGAACACGAGGAGUUACUCGUUCAAUUACGGCGAGAACGCGAUGAAAAGGAAGACCACGAAGUCCGUGAGCGUGAUGGUGGACGAUCUGGUGAGGACCACCGUGAAGAGCACGGACACUUCUGGCCUGGCGCCGAAGAAGAGGGAGUUUGGCACCUCGCCGGUGAAGAAGAAGCUCAUCGACGUCUCCGUCGGCGAGUCGGUGAAGCCGCACAUCUCGAUAUCGUGCGCGGCGAACUAUUGCGACAAUUGUAAGGAGACCAUCAAGAACCUGGCGAAGCAGAUCGUGAACAACGCGGAGAACAAUAUGAACCACCAGAACGCGAAUCUUGUUUCGAGGAUACCCAGGCCGUCGCACAUACCGUUGAACAACAUGACGGACCAGAAGAGGCAGUUCAAACGGCAGGACACUUACACGAAGAUACCGGCUGUUGGCGUGAUUAGAUACGACGCUGAUAACAAGGAACAUUAUGACAACAGUAAUCGUAUCCAACAACUGCACGAAGAAAAAAGCAAGGAUGAGAAGCCAGAGGAAAUAUACAUCGCGAAGAAAGAGACUGACGAGGAGAAACACGAGCUUCCAGAGUCUGCUCUGUUUCAACCAAUUCAAGAGAAACCUAGAAAGAAGGUUGAACCUACCAAGGAGAUACAGGCUGCCAUGAAAGUUCUGAACGACAGCCUGAAAAAGUCACCUAACAAGAAUAUAUCUCAUCAAAUGAAGAACGCCAUUGCGAUCAUUCAACAGGAAUGGUUCAAAGUGUCCAGCACGGUGAACGCCAAUCCCUUAGAAGUAGAAGACUACCUAGACUGUUUCGAAGAAUAUUCCAGCUCCCUGUUGGAGUACAUUGUUAACAUGACUGACUCUAGUGGAAACACUGCAAUGCAUUACGCUGUCUCGCACGGAAAUUUCGAUGUUGUCUCCAUACUUCUAGACUCGAAGGUUUGCGACAUUAAUAAGGCAAACGUGGCUGGAUACACAGCCGUGAUGUUAGCAGCUCUCGCCGAAGUACGAAAUUCCACUCACGCUUCUGUGGCAAAUAGAUUGUUUCAACUUGCGGAUGUUAAUAUUCGAGCAAAAUUGCAUGGUCAAACUGCUCUGAUGCUGGCGGUGUCACAUGGACGCAAAGACAUGACUCAAUUGCUGUUGGACGCUGGGGCAGCAGUGAACAUUCAAGACGAAGAUGGCAGUACAGCCUUAAUGUGCGCUGCUGAACACGGGCACACCGACAUCGUACGAUUGUUACUUACGCAUCCAGACUGUGAUCCAUCGAUAGCCGAUAUCGACGGUAGUUCCGCUUUGAAAAUCGCAUUGGAAGCGGGCAAUCGUGAUAUCGGCGUAUUGCUUUACGCACACGAGCACGUGAACAGAGGCACGAGUCCGUACUCCUCGAUGAGGCGGAGUAGGAGAGGGUCCAAACCGACAACGCCUACUGGACCCUCUCCUUCAGCACCAGUAAGCCCGGCGCCAUCCAGAAGGAUUCACUCGUCGACCGUUUCCCUAAACUCGUCAAAAUAUUCUGCUAAAUAAUUUACAAAACACUGGAGAACUCUCGUAGACGUUUAACAAUUCCAUGAGAGAUUGUUUGAAUCAUAAUCAUACGUAUCAUCAGUAAGCAAUAAUACAAUCGGCGUUCCCGUGUUUCCUAUAUUUAUUGCUAAUGUGUUUUAGUAUUUAUCGUCGAUUACGAUACUUUAAGAUGUUAACUACUGGAUAAACUAUCACGUUCUUGCCUAACGAUUCAUUCAGCCCCAGCACAAACGUUUGAUUUAAGGUUUUCCAUUUAACUGCUCAACUUUGUAUACAAUUAUUCGAGAGAAGUUUGAAGGUGUUGGUUUGUAAAUUUAACGCGUAGAAACGACUAGCGUACGUUUCACGGCGUUGAACGAUAGGAGAGGAAUUUGUAUAAACUUCUUUCUAGGUGCUAUCGAGGUAAAAAAAAGUGAACCCUUCUUUCAUUGUUGAUAGAUUUUAUAUGUCACGAGUAUGAAACUUCGAUGAUCUUUAACAGGCACAUUCAGAAUUUGAUUCUUAACUCGGGAAACUGUGUGAAAGUACAAAAAAGAAUUUCGUAUAUAGGGAACGGGUCACAGUGCGAGAAUCAAGUAAUGUCUUCCAACAUCCUGUGGCAUUAUACAUUCCAAAACGAAUCAUUAACAAUCCGAAUUUCUUGCCGCGGAAAUUUUUACUUGCAUCUACAUUUAAUGUAUUCAAGUUUCAGGCCUAAUUUCCAUUAAACCCUGGGGAUCAAACUGUCAGUAGAAUAAUUGUGUACUGAUAUACAUAGAAAGACAUAAUACAAUACGUGUAACGAUUACAUGGUGCACAAACGUGAGGUUCGCAAUUAAUGUUGAAUUUAUAUACGAGAAACAUUCUUAGAACUUAUCGAUCGUCGUUCGAUGUUGAGGUAGAAAAUGUUAUAGACGUGAAAGUAUAAAUAUAGUAUCCUGUGAAUCACGAUACAAAAUAUCGAAGGGCAUACGAGGGAAAGUUACGUCUAAUACUUGUUGAAAAUUUGUUCAGGGUACAGUUUAUAUACAUUAAUAGCGCACGGAAAUUUUAAUUCUCUUUCGUUCCUCGUUUAUGCGUGCCGCCUUCGUAUUAGGAAUUGGGAUAUGUAAGAAUUUUAACGUUGAACGUUUUUCUUAUAGGGUUGUGAAUAUCUAGAAAUAACGAGCGUAUUUAAGUUCAACAUCAAAGAUUUAGGUUUAACGUUGUAAUGAGUAUUCCUAUCGUUAAGAAUCUAUAUUAAUGUUAAGUGGCGAUUAUAUAUCAAAGGUAGCACUGAAUCAAGUAAUAGAACCGUAGGGAUCUAGAAAGUAGAGGACUACUUUUCAUUGUUUGUGCCUUUAUAUUUAACAUACUGUAACUGAUAAUAAACACGAGAAGAAACAACAGAAAACGAUUGUAUUAUAAUUUGUAACGAAUUCUCCGUAAAAUUCAAUGUCCAUCGUGAUGUGAAUCUGAGCCGCGUUAAGGGAAAAUCAUAAAUGGUUGAAAACCUCUCUAUUCCCUCUUCCCGAACUAUUUAAAUAAAAUGUACCAAAUGUUCGUUAAAUGUAUCAAAAGUUAUUUUCAGAAUGCAUGAUAUUUCUAAAAGUUUGUAUGUCGUAGCAUUAGUUUCUAACAUGACACACCGAAAUUCAGUUAAAAAACAAAAUCUAUUAUAUUCUAUACGUAGUAGUUAUAUUAUAGAACGUAAUUUAUCAAAAUUCAUACGUACACAACAUCCAUGCUCCAUACCGAUUCUGUAAUCACUUAAUUGCAUAUCCUAUUUGUUUCAAUAAAAAACACAAAUUUAUAAUA